ACCCAAGGCUGCAGGAAUGCCAGGCUGGCUGGCUGGGCGGAGGCGGGGCGGGAGCCUUCCUCCUCCUCCUCCUCCUCCUCCUCCUGCUCUUCUCCUCCUCCUCCUUCCUCGGGGGAAGCCAUGCCGCACUUCACGGUGGUCCCGGUGGAGGACCGGCUCCGGGGGGACUAUGACAACCUGGAGGGGCUGAGCUGGGUGGACUACAGCCAAGGGCCCGGAGGCAGGGAAGGCGGCGACCCCCGGAGGGACCCCGACGACACCCUCGGCUCCGACGGCCAUGGCAACCAUAAAGAAAGCAGUCCUUUCCUUAACAAUGCUGACAGCGGCAAAGGAGACUACUAUGACAGAAAUCUGGCAUUAUUUGAGGAGGAGCUGGACAUUCGUCCCAAAGUCUCUUCUCUCCUUGGCAAACUGGUCAGCUACACAAAUCUCACGCAAGGAGCCAAGGAACACGAAGAAGCAGAAAGUGCUGAAGGGUCAAGGAAGAAAGUAUCAAAAUCACCCAGCAUGGGCACCUUGAUGGGCGUCUACCUGCCGUGCAUGCAGAAUAUUUUUGGGGUCAUCCUCUUCCUUCGGUUGACAUGGAUGGUGGGAACAGCCGGUGUCCUCCAGUCAUUCCUGAUCGUCUUGAUCUGCUGCUGUUGUACAAUGCUGACGGCCAUAUCAAUGAGUGCUAUUGCAACCAAUGGUGUCGUUCCAGCUGGUGGUUCCUACUUCAUGAUCUCAAGAUCGUUGGGCCCUGAAUUUGGUGGAGCCGUGGGGCUGUGUUUUUACCUUGGGACCACAUUUGCAGGCGCCAUGUACAUCCUCGGUGCCAUUGAAAUUCUCCUAACGUACAUCGCUCCCCAGGCUGCCAUUUUCCACCCGACUGGGGCCCACGAUACUUCCAGUGCCACGCUCAACAACAUGCGCGUCUACGGCACCUUGUUCCUCACCUUCAUGGCCGUGGUGGUCUUCGUCGGUGUGAAAUACGUGAACAAAUUUGCCUCUCUGUUCUUAGCCUGUGUCAUUAUCUCCAUCUUGUCCAUCUAUGCCGGGGCCAUCAAGUCUGUCUUUGACCCUCCCGCCUUUCCGGUUUGUAUGUUGGGUAAUCGGACUCUUUCAAGGGACCAGUUUGAUAUCUGUGCCAAAACAACGGUUGUGGACAACCUCACUGUGCCCACCAACCUGACCGAGCUCUUCUGCCCAGGCUUCAACAUCACUUCUGGAUUAUGUGACGACUACUUCCGGUUCAAUAAUGUGACUGAAAUUGUUGGAAUUCCUGGAGCAGCAAGUAGGAUUCUGAAAGAUAACAUCUGGAGCAGUUACAUGGAGAAGGGAGAGAUCCUGGAGAAAGCGGGCCAACCGUCGGUGGAUGUGGCCGGGCGCAAGGACAACCUCCACUUGUAUGUUUAUGCGGACAUUGCAACCUCCUUCACGGUGCUGGUGGGCAUCUUCUUCCCUUCUGUGACAGGGAUCAUGGCGGGCUCCAACCGAUCUGGAGACCUCAAGGAUGCCCAGAAGUCCAUUCCUGUUGGAACUAUCCUCGCCAUUGCUACUACAUCUCUAGUUUAUUUCAGUUGUGUGCUGCUGUUUGGCGCUUGCAUUGAAAGUGUUGUUCUUAGAGACAAAUAUGGUGAUGCAGUGAACAAGAACUUAGUGGUGGGAACGCUGGCCUGGCCCUCGCCUUGGGUCAUUGUGAUCGGCUCAUUUUUCUCAACCUGCGGGGCAGGUUUGCAGAGCCUCACGGGUGCCCCUCGGCUCCUUCAAGCCAUCGCCAAGGACAACAUCAUCCCUUUCUUAUGGGUCUUUGGCCACGGGAAGGCAAACGGAGAGCCAACAUGGGCACUUUUGCUGACAGCACUGAUUGCCGAAUUUGGCAUCCUGAUCGCUUCCCUGGACAUGGUGGCUCCCAUCCUAUCAAUGUUCUUCUUGAUGUGUUACCUGUUUGUCAACUUGGCCUGUGCAGUGCAAACACUCCUCAGAACUCCAAACUGGCGGCCCAGGUUUAAGUACUACCACUGGGCCUUGUCCUUUUUAGGUAUGAGUAUCUGCCUGGCAUUGAUGUUCAUCUCUUCCUGGUAUUACGCGUUGGUGGCAAUGCUUAUUGCAGGAAUGAUUUACAAAUACAUUGAAUACCAGGGGGCAGAGAAGGAAUGGGGUGAUGGGAUCCGGGGCCUGUCGCUAAGCGCUGCCCGAUACGCCUUGCUGAGACUGGAGGAAGGGCCUCCUCAUACAAAGAACUGGAGGCCCCAGCUCUUGGUGCUUCUGAAGCUGGAUGAGGAUUUGCAUGUGAAAUACCCCCGGCUGUUGACAUUUGCUUCUCAGCUGAAAGCUGGCAAGGGCUUGACAAUCAUUGGGACGGUCAUCCAAGGCAACUUUUUGGAGAGCUAUGGAGAAGCUCAGGCGGCUGAACAGACAAUCAAAAACAUGAUUGAAAUUGAGAAGGUGAAAGGGUUUUGCCAAGUGGUCGUGGCUCAUAAACUUCGGGAUGGCAUUUCCCACUUGAUCCAGUCCAGCGGAUUGGGGGGCAUGAAGCACAACACGGUGGUGCUGGGGUGGCCUUAUGGAUGGAGGCAAAGCGAAGACCCAAGAUCCUGGAAGACUUUUAUAGACACAGUGCGCUGCACAACGGCAGCCCACCUGGCUUUGCUCGUGCCCAAAAAUGUGUCCUUCUACCCUGGGAAUCACGAGCGCUACAACGAGGGGAACAUCGACGUCUGGUGGAUUGUGCACGACGGAGGCAUGUUGAUGCUGCUUCCUUUUCUGCUCAAACAGCAUAAAGUUUGGCGAAAGUGCAAGAUGCGCAUCUUUACGGUCGCCCAGAUGGACGACAACAGCAUCCAAAUGAAGAAAGACCUCGCCACCUUCCUUUACCAACUGCGGAUAGAGGCUGAAGUCGAAGUAGUGGAAAUGCAAAACAGUGACAUCUCAGCAUAUACUUAUGAGCGGACCCUCAUGAUGGAACAGAGAUCACAGAUGCUGAGGCAAAUGAGACUGACCAAAACUGAACGCGAAAGGGAGGCUCAGCUGGUGAAGGACAGGCACUCGAUCAUAAGGUUAGAGAGCCUCUAUUCAGAUGAGGAAGACGAGGGAGAAGCAGUACCAGAGAAGAUCCAGAUGACGUGGACAAAGGACAAAUGCGACGCGGAAAAACGGAUCCGUAACAAUGCAGCAGAGAACUUCCGAGAGCUCAUCAGUAUUAAACCUGAAUGGGAGAAUCUGAACCAGUCCAAUGUCCGGAGGAUGCACACGGCUGUGAAGUUGAACGAAGUCAUUGUAAACCGGUCCCAUGAUGCCCGACUUGUUCUUCUCAACAUGCCUGGGCCUCCAAAGAACACUGACGGUGAUGAAAACUAUAUGGAAUUCCUUGAGGUCCUGACCGAAGGCUUAGAGCGAGUGUUGCUCGUCAGAGGAGGUGGACGGGAAGUUAUUACUAUCUACUCCUGAUCCAGACAGUACCGCAAAGGACAUUCCCAUUCUAGACAAGGAAUGCCUUCGCUCUCCACCGCCACUUCGAAGGGAUCAUCUUUUGUCUACAAGCAAACCCCACACACCAUAGCUGCAAACGCAAGUCUCCAAUGAAUUCUUCCAGUUGCAACAUACAUAUCUGUUCUGGAGUGCAAUGGCAUUACGCCAUUCUGCUAGGACAUGUUUAGUCACGCUGCUUGUGAUGU